AUGGCGAACUGCGCUUUUUGCCCUGCAGACGGCACGCCUUCUCGCGAUCUCAUCUUCCACGCCCAUUCCCCGACGACGUUCCGCUCGAGCUGCCGCUUUACUUGGGCGUCGCACCCGAACAGCGAGCGCCUCUCCGCGAUCCUGCACGCGUUCAUCGCCGAGCACGACGUGCGCGACGGGCAGAAGAGGACGAUGGACCGCUUGGAGGAGGCGGGGGCGUGGGAGCGGCUGUGGGCGGUGCUCGAGGAGGAGGCGGUGUUGGAUAGUGGGAAGUGGAAGACGACGAUGAGCCGGAUCCGGAGGGGAGAGGUGGUUGAGAUGAUUCGGGUGAAGAUCCGGGGGAAGGUGGCGCGGAUGGUGAUGAGUGGAGACGGGGGGGGGAAGAAGGGAGAGACGGGACGGAGGGGUGGGGAGGAGGGUUUGCGGAAGAUGAGGCAAGAGGGGGAGGGGGAAGGGGAAGGGGAUUCGGCAGGAUUAGCGACCGUCGGCCCGGUUCUUGGCCGAGGGUGCACAGCUCUGAUCCCGAUGCCGGUAUCACCGUCCCCGCCGGUGUCCGCGUCUCGCGAGCUUGUUCUGCGACCCGGCCUCCCGGCUUUGCAGGUCCCGUCGUUGGCGUCUUUCUUCGGGCCAUUUCAAGGGCUCGGGGCCGUCCCUUUGCGAAGGAGCGAGAUGGAUCUGCAGAGGCCAGGACCGGAUCAGGCGGAAGAGGAAAGAAGGGAGGAGGAGGAGGAGAGAGGGGAGGAAGAGGAAAAGGAACAGGAGCAGGAGCAAGAGCAAGAGCGACACACAAAGCCGAAACCACCGCAAGAGCAGAAGAAGAGACCGCAACGAUUACUAGAGCCAAGACAAUCGCAACCAUUGAAGCCACGCGGGAGUCCGGGACUGAUGGCGGCGGCGGCGGCGGCCACUCCCGUCCCGAACUCGACACGCCUACCAGUCAAGCAGCCCAGCCCCAGCAUAGCCCGAGCGUUGCAUCGCAAAGAUAUCGAUGCGCUUGCCGACGCGCUCGCGAAGAAAAAGGCGCUCGAAGAUGAGUUGGAAAGGGUACGUCUUGAUCGUAAGGGUCGUGCGACGAUUAGGAAGCCCGUGACGCCAGCGCUGCAAGGUCAGCAAAAGACGGAGGCAUUGUUACCAGCGCCGUGUUUGUCUCCGUCCUUGUUCCCGACCUCGUCUUUAUCUCCGUCCUUAUCUCCGACCUUAUCCCCGUCCUUAUCCCCGUCCUUAUCUCCGACUUCGUCUCCGACCCCGUCCCCGCCCUAUGACGAACAGCAGCCCGCUCCAUCGCUAUUGCCAUCGCCAUCGCUACUGCCAUAUCUGCAUGCACCUCUCCCCUCUAUUGCGUCAUUACAAAGGGUCGAAGUGGGAGCGGAAAGCGGGGUCGGGGUCGGGGUCGGGGUCGGGGUCGAAGUGGCUCCAGCUGGGUCAAAGGCUGAGAUGCAUGGAGCCAUCAAUGCAGACGAGGAAGAAGCUCAAGAGGAAGAAGCUCAAGAAAACAUAAGAGAAGCUCAAGAGGAAGAAGCUCAAGAGGAAGAAGCUCAAAAAGAAGAAGCUCAACAAGACAUAAAAGAAGCUCAAAAAGACCCAAAAGAAGUCCAACAAAAUACAAACGAAGUCUUCCAACUCCGCACCGACUUCACCCCCCUCUCAGCCUUACGCGCAGCCAACCGCGAGAUCGACGCAAAGAUGGACAUUCUGCGCACCUUAGCGGGCUGGACGCAGCGAUAG